AGUAACCAUCCAGUAGGAAGUCAGCACCAUGACCACCACACAAAGCAUUUCAUUAUUCGGAGAGCGUGAGAAGGGAGAGUCUGUUCGAACCCAGAACAUGACCGCUGCCGUCGCUAUCGCUAACAUCGUCAAAAGCUCUCUGGGACCUGUUGGUCUCGAUAAAAUGCUGGUCGAUGAGGUGGGUGAUGUGACAGUAACCAAUGACGGAGCUACUAUCCUCAAGUUACUCGAGGUUGAGCACCCAGCUGCCAAGGUGCUGUGCGAGUUGGCACAGCUCCAGGAUGAGGAGGUUGGUGACGGAACCACCAGUGUUGUCAUCAUUGCUGCUGAGCUUCUUCGUGCUGCAAACGAGCUCAUCAAAAUGAAAGUUCAUCCUACCACUAUCAUCAACGGAUACAAGUUGGCCUGUAAAGAGUCUGUAAAGUUUAUCCAAGAUAACUUGUCAGUACCCGCUGCCGAUCUCGGAAAGAACUGCCUCGCUAACGUUGCUAAAACCUCCAUGUCCUCCAAGAUUAUCGGUUCUGAUAAGGACUUCUUCUCCAACAUAGUCGUACAGUGCGCUGAACUGAUCAGGUUCACUAACACUAGAGGAGAACAGAAGUGUCCCAUCAAGACCAUUAAUAUCCUGAAAGCUCAUGGUAAAUCCGUCAGAGAGAGUCAGAUGAUCAAAGGAUACGCUCUCAACUGUACUGUGGCUUCUCAGCUGAUGCCUAAGUCUAUAAAGAAUGCCAAGAUUGCCUGUAUUGAUUUCAGCCUCCAGAAAUCUAAGAUGAAGUUAGGAGUGCAGGUAGUUGUUGACGAUCCUGAGAAGUUGGAUGCCAUCAGACAAAGGGAAUCUGACAUCACAAAGGAGAAAAUACAACUUAUCCUGAAUUCUGGAGCUAAUGUGAUCCUGACAACAGGAGGUAUUGAUGACAUGUGUCUGAAAUACUUCGUAGAUGCUGGUGCAUUGGCUGUCAGAAGGUGCAAGAAAGAGGAUCUGAAGAGAAUUGCACGAGCCACCGGUGCCGCACUCGUUGCUUCCCUCUCAAAUCUGGAAGGUGAAGAGUCAUUCGAGCCAUCAUUCCUUGGUGCUGCGGAUGAGAUCUGCCAGACUAGAAUCUGCGAUGACGAGCUGAUUAUCAUCAAGGGAACCAAAGCUAAACCAGCAGCUUCCAUCAUCCUACGUGGAGCCAACGACAUCUACGUGGACGAGAUGGACAGAUCCGUCCACGAUUCCCUGUGUGCCGUCAAGAGAGUUAUCGAAUCCAAGGCAGUCGUACCAGGUGGUGGCUGUGUGGAGGCAGCUCUUUCUAUCUACUUGGAAAACUUCGCCACUUCUCUGGGCUCCAGAGAACAGCUUGCUAUUGCUGAGUUCGCACAAGCUAUGCUUGUUAUCCCUAAGACCUUGGUUGUCAACGCCGCUAAAGAUUCGACAGAGCUCGUUGCUAAGCUGCGUGCUUUCCACAAUGCAUCUCAGACGAUUGAAGCUAAGAGAGCGUUCAAGUGGAUCGGACUGGAUCUGGAGAACGGAAAGUGCAGAGAUAACAAAGAUGCAGGAGUACUGGAGCCAGCUAUGAGCAAAAUUAAGAGCUUGAAGUUUGCUACGGAGGCUGCAAUUACAAUCCUCAGAAUUGAUGAUAUGAUCAAGAUCUACCAGCCCAGCAAAGAAGAUCCAAACUCGUACGCAAAUGCUGUCAGAGAAGGACGAAUGUAAACUAACUCUUAGUUUUUUAUUAGCUUGUGGGCUUUUAUGUUCGACAUCUUUUUGUACAGUUUUUUUCAAGCACGCAGGUCAUGUUAUUAUAUCUAUUUGAUUAUUCUAUUAAUUUAUAGAAAGUAUUUUGUCGCUUUGACCUUCGUAAA